AAUUGCACCCUUACCAUAUUUGGCGAUAUCCCACAAUUAGUAACAUUUACCAAUCAAAAACCGUUUGGAAUUUUAAAUCGAUUUCGAAGUAUCACGAUCUUUUAUAUCAAAUGUCCGACGGUUCAACUACUAAUAAGAAGAGUCGUUCUACAAGCGAUGCAGAACGUCGUCAGCGAAGAGCACAAAGAAUCUUGGGCUCUGCAGACAGUAGACUACGCAAGAUAACAUCUACUUACUCAAGCUCUCUAACUGCUGACCCAGUAUCAACCGGAACCUCCCCCUUCACAAGUAGGAAGUCCUCUCCUCUACCAAGCCCUGUAGCUUCUGAAGCCCCUGAAAGUCCGUUUGCAAGCAGGAGAAAUACUGGAAAUCUUGAACCUCUACCCGAAUAUCUCAGGCCAACAACGCCCUCUCCAAAUCAGUCGACAACAUUAUCAACUACCAAUCAAUCAGAUGAAGAUAGCAUUAAGGAUUUCAUUCAGUACAACAGAGAUGACGAUUACAUUCGAAAGACAUUAGAAGAUUUUCGGGCAAAAAAUUCUAGUACUAAUUCUUUAGAAUUACCUGGCGGUACUAGUGAAUUUCACAAUAUGUCAUCACCCAGCGGAUUCCCAUUUAUGAUCACACCAGAAGAUUCAGCGGUACAAGAAAUACUCCAGUCACAGCAAAUUCCACCCUUUCCUCUUUCAACAUUAUUUCCUUUCAAUACGAAACUUUUCCCCUCAUCUGGAGGGGAUCAACAGCAAGCUAAUUUGCAAUCCAAGAUGUGGCGAUUGAUUCACUUUUCUGCGAUGAUCUUAAUGGUAUUGAUGGUUUUUUAUAGAGAAUCACCGGAAGUUGAUAUUUGGAGUCGAUUUUCGAGUCUGAAAUAUUCAAAUCCAGAUGAUAUUAUUAAUGAUACGGUUCAUAGUGUGUCAUUAUUUUGGUAUUUUGUGACCGUUGAACUUGUACUUCAAUCUUCACGCUUGUUUCUGCAAAAGGAUCAAACAUUUCAAGGAUCUACUCUGGGUAGUUUGGCUGCUAAUCUACCAUCACCGUUUUCUGAUGUGCUUACAGUUUUGCUAAGAUAUAAUCUCAUUUGGAACAGCCUUUGGGAGGAUGUUUGCACUUUG